CCAACUCACAUUAAGUAAUAUGUAACCAUCAUCCAGCUCAGUCUUCAACACAACCAACAGUUCCCCCACUUUCCCCUUCCUCCUCCCUUCUUUCCUCCCAGAUUUCCCCCAUGGCUGACGCUUCCAACAACCCCGAAUCGGCGGCGCCACCCUCCAAUCCUCCGCCGCAGCCGGCCGAAGAAGAAGCCCCCAAAGACGUCGCCGAGGAGAAAGCUGUAAUUCCACCUCCCCCUCCACCCGUCGAAGACAAACCCGACGACUCCAAAGCCCUUGUUCUAGUUGAAAAGGUUUCAGAACCAGAUGAACCCAAAUCCACUGAGGGCUCUGUAAACAGAGAUGCUGUUCUAGCAAAAGUUGCAACAGAGAAGAGGUUGUCGCUGAUUAAAGCUUGGGAAGAAAGUGAGAAAUCAAAGGCUGAAAACAAAGCUCACAAGAAGCUGUCCUCUGUUGUGGCAUGGGAGAAUAGCAGAAAAGCGUCUGUGGAGGCUGAGUUGAAGAAGAUUGAGGAAAGCUUGGAGAAGAAGAAGGCUGAAUACGUUGAGAAAAUGAAGAACAGAAUUGCUCUGCUUCACAAAUCUGCGGAGGAGAAGAGGGCGGUGAUCGAAGCUAUGCGCGGAGAAGAUCUUCUGAAGGCGGAGGAGACGGCGGCGAAGUAUCGCGCCACUGGUACUGCACCGAAGAAGCUUUUUGGGUGCUUUUAGAACUGAAUGUGUCUGGUCUGAUCACUGAUUAGUGUUUUGUUGUCUUGAAAUGUUCUUAUUAUUUGGUUGUUCUUGUUGUUUGUGGUUGAUUUAUUGGUGUGUCUAGUGAAGGGGUUUAUUAUUAUUUUUAAUUGUUUGUGAAUAUGAUAUUUGGACCAACAUUACUUUGAAUGUAAAUCAUUUUAAAUGCUUGUUAAGAUA